AUGAGCGACACUCAGUUCCAGAAGGCCGUGGAGAUUAUCCGCAAUCUCCCUAAGAACAGCCCUGCGAAGGUGACCCAGGCUCAGCAACUCAGGAUAUACGGCCUUUACAAACAGGCCACCGAGGGCGACGUGUCGACGUCGCGCCCUGGCAUGCUGGACUUCACUGGCCGCGCCAAGUGGUAUGUAUGCUUUGGCAUUGACUCUUUCUACAGGGAUGCUUGGAACUCUGAGAAGGGCAAGUCGUCCGAGCAGGCCAAGAAGGACUACGUGGAUCUGUUCAUCGAAGUACAUGAUGCCGAGUUUAACAAGUACCUUGAAGAGGUCAAGAACGCCUAA